GCCGGCGGACACCUACCUUCGGUAGCUACAUCCAAGUUGCUCAGACCGACUCGCGACGAGGCCUUGCGCACCCCGGGCGUCAAAUGGACAGACGAAGACAACUCAGGGCCCGUGCGGACCAUAGUAGGCGGCCGAGAGACCCGGAAGAUGAAUACCUACCAAUCCAUCCGGGAUGCUCUCAGCCACGCAUUAGUGAGAGACGACACUGCUGUUAUAUUUGGAGAGGAUGUAGCGUUCGGCGGGGUCUUUAGGUGCACCAUGGGACUAGCUGAGGAAUUUGGCCGCGAAAGGGUCUUCAAUACUCCAUUGAGCGAACAAGGCAUUGUGGGAUUUGGUAUCGGUAUCGCUGCUAUGGGACACACUUCUAUAGCUGAGAUCCAAUUCGCCGACUACAUCUAUCCUGCAUUCGACCAGAUUGUGAAUGAAGCAGCCAAGUUUCGAUACAGGUCCGGAGGCCAGUACCACGUAGGGGGGCUUACCAUUCGUACGCCGACCAUGUCCGUAGGGCAUGGCGGGCUGUACCAUUCACAGAGUCCCGAGGGGUUCUUCAUGGGUGCCGCUGGUGUAAAGGUCGUCAUACCUCGCUCGCCUAUCCAAGCCAAGGGUCUACUGCUUGCCUCGAUACGGGACCCUAACCCUGUUAUUUUCAUGGAACCCAAAAUCCUCUAUCGUUCCGCUGUCGAGCAAGUUCCCAUCGACGACUUCGAGCUCCCGAUCGGUCGAGCGGAUGUCCUGAUUGCAGGUUCCGACCUCACCCUCUUAACCUGGGGAACGCCUCUGUAUCACUGCGAGACCGCGCUGCACAUGCUCGCUUCCCCGCCUCCCCAGGUCUCCAGGCACGUUCCCGAGUCCCUCAGAGGUGCCAAGGUAGAACUGAUUGACUUGCGGACCAUUCUGCCGUGGGACGUCGAGACCGUCGUCGAGAGCGUCAACCGCACGGGACGCCUGGUGAUUGUGCACGAAGCGGGGCUCACAGCUGGGGCAGGCGCGGAGAUUGCUGCGACCGUGCAGAAGAAAUGUUUCCUCAAGCUUGAUGCCCCGGUGAAGCGGAUUACGGGCUGGGACACCCCCGUACCUCUGCAAUAUGAGAAGUUCUAUAUCCCCGAUGCCAUCCGUAUUCUGGACGGUAUUGUGGAGACUCUGAUAUAUUGAUUUCAUCCGAAGUAAAGGAUCGUCCUUGUACUUCUAUCUUCAUACUGUCUACCGUAUCAUAUUUCUACUGUUUUCUGUUGCAUCCUAUUAAUGUAGGUUAAGUGUAUGCCACGAGCACAGGACGAGCCCGAGGAAGAGAAUUGACAGAUGUUCCAACGGCAUCCGCC